AAGAAAUUUCUACGGAGACCCGUAUACAACGUUGAAAAUUAAUCCAACCACUCCGUCCAUCGUCGUGUUCGUCAUCAUGAUCAUAAUCGUCUUUUCUUUAACCUAGCAAAUAGCAGCCAAAGGGGAUAAUACAGAGAGAGAAGAAGAAGAAAGGGGAGAGAGACUUUUAAGUUUUGAUCCCUAAUUUUGAUAAUUCAAAUGUGUCCGCUUCGAUUUAUUCUGGUUUUCCUAUCAGCUUUGCUAGCUGGGUUUUUGGUUCUCAAGAACAUCAAUUCUGAGGCCGACAUUUAUGUCGAUGAACAAUCCGACGACACUGAUUCCACUGCCGGUCGCUCCUCUAAGGUUUUGGGAUCAAUGUCGGCUGGAUUCUGGACUUUUGUAGACAUGGCUAGCGGUCGUUACCUUUGGAGGAACUUGGUUUCUUCCAAACCCACUUCCGAUUGAUCAUCAUAUAUUUGUUCUUCUUCUUCUUCUGUCUCUCUCGAGUUGUAAUCUCUUCAUCUGGUAAACAGAAAAUAAUAAUAAUAAAUUUUGAAUUACUUCUUCUUCUUGUUCUCACUUUGAAACUCAAAUCAUGUUAAUGUAUUGCUUAAGAAUGUUUGAUUUUUAAGGAUAAUAUGCCACUGAUUUUGUCAUCAGACAUGAACUUCAUGAUUCUUGUGGUUUGAAUCACUCAUUUCAACUCAAAUGUUCGUUCAUCUUGUUGGUGGGUUGUAUUUC